AUGAAUGAAUAUUAAUAUCCAAAAAGACUUCAUCAAAAAUCCAAAAAAAUAUAAGAGAGUAGGAAAUUAAAGAAUAAGAUGAUGUAAUAAAUAUUUUACAAAAUCCAGAAUUAAAUUGUAGUAUUUGCUAUUCCUCUAUAGUUGAUUAAGUAACAAUAUAUUUUACUUAUAAAAAGGGAAUUGUUUAAAAUUGUCAACAUGUAUUUUGUUUCUAAGUAUUAAAAAUUGGUCAAAACAAAAUCUUACAUGUCCUUAAUGCAGAGCUGAUUUUACAAAAGUCAUAUUAAUUUGGAAAAAAAGUUAGUUGGCUAAUAAGAAAACUUACACUUUUAAAUAACCAAAAUAAAGUAAUUAAGUAUCAAAUAACAUCUUUUUGAUUCAAUAAUUAUUAUAACUACUAUUAUUAUUUUAGGAUAUAUAUUUAGAAUUUGUAAUCAAUUCAGAAAAUUAAAUAAAUUGA